AUGAAGGUUCAGCACGUUGCCGUCUCUGGGCCAAACGGCUCUCUCGGUGCAGCAGUCAUCACAAACCUCCUCAAAGCAGGCUUCGAAGUAACGGUCCUCACUCGUAGCCCAGAGAAGACCGCAAAAGCCUUCCCCGGCGUCAAAGUCGCCGAAGCAGACUACUCCUCCGUUGAGAAGCUCACCUCAACGCUCAAAUCCGCGGGAAAAGUCGAUGCAGUCGUCUGUCUUAUGAACCGUGAGGUCCAUGUAUUGCCCGCCCAGCUCGCCCUCAUCGACGCCACAAUUGCCGCGGGGAUUCCGCACUACAUUCCCUCGUCAUUUGGAGCGGAUAUGCGGAAGCCGAAGAACCGCCAUCUUCCGCCACUCGAGCCCAAGGGAGAUAUGGAAGACUACGUCGUGAAGAAAGCCAACGAGGGGGCUUUGACGUUCACGAUCAUUAACCAGGGGGUGCUGCUAGACUGGGCUCUUGACAGAGACAUCUUGUUGAACUUUGACGGGCAGCCGAUCCGUCUCCUCGAUCAUGGAAAGGGGAAGAUCUCCGCUACCACGCUCGAUGAUGUCGGCAAGGCUGUUGCGCUCGCUCUGUCUAAGAGAGAUCUGGUCAUCAACAAGUACUGCUUCAUCCACUCCAAGGCCACCUCCCAGCUGGAAAUGCUUCGCCUGCUGCGAGAACUCAGGCCGAACGACGAGAUCAAGACAAUGAACAUCGAUACUGAUGCGAUGCUCAAAGAAUCCGAGGAGAACUUCAAGAAGGGUGAUUUGAGCCCCAUGGCGAUGAGAGGGUAUAUAGUCAAGGUUAGUUUUGGGGACAAUGGCGAGGAGGGAAAUCAUUUCGACAAGACUGAUAAUGAGUUGUUGGGGCUGCCGGAGUGGAGUGAGGAGCAGUUGAAGGAGUUUAUUAAAAAGUACAUCAAGUGA